AUGAGUAAUCUGCGUCUCCAGAAGCGCCUGGCCGCUGAAGUGCUCGGCUGCGGCAAGAACAAGGUGUGGCUCGACCCGAAUGAGAUCCACGAAAUCUCCAACGCCAACUCGCGCCAGAAUAUCCGCCGUCUCCUCAAGGACGGUCUGAUCAUCAAGAAGCCCGAAGCAGUGCACUCUCGUUUCCGCGCUCGCGUCUACGCCGAGGCUCGCCGCAAGGGCCGUCACACCGGUCUCGGCAAGCGCCGCGGUACCAAGAAUGCCCGUAUGCCCGAGAAGGUCCUAUGGAUGCGACGCAUGCGCGUCCUCCGCAACCUGCUCCGUCGCUACCGUGAGGCCAAGAAGCUCGACAAACAUCUGUACCACGACCUGUACCUGAAGGCCAAGGGUAACUCCUUCAAGAACAAGCGCAAUCUCAUCGAGUUCAUCCACAAGCGCAAGGUCGAGAACAAGCGCUCCAAGCAACUCGCUGAGCAGGCCCAAGCCCGGCGUGACCGCAACAAGGAGGCGCGCAAGAGGAGAACGGAACGCAUCCAGAACAAGCGUCAGGAGACCCUUCGCAAGCUGUCCGAAUCUGAUAAGGCUGCCGAGAAGAAA